UCAGCGAGGUCUUCUCGCCGCACCACCAACUUGUCACCAAAGAUGGCGAUUUGCUGAGGUCUCAUGGAUACACAUAUUUCUCAGCUAGUUGUUAUCUUGCCUGAAACAACCACGUUGAAGACAAACUAACUGUUCAGAGAGCGACAAUUUCUCUAUUUGAAGCACAUCUGACGUAACGUCAGCCACCGCUACCAUGCAGAUCACACUUAAAACACUGCAACAGCAGACUAUUCAGAUUGAGAUAGACCCCGAGCAAACGGUUAAGGCCUUGAAAGAGAAGAUAGAAGCAGAAAGGGGAAAGGACAACUUUCCUGUGUCCGGGCAGAAGCUCAUAUACGCUGGAAAAAUUCUGCAAGAUGACACACCCAUCAAGGACUACAAAAUUGAUGAGAAGAAUUUUGUUGUAGUGAUGGUGUCCAAGGCUAAACCUACAGCUGCCGCCUCGCCCCCAGUAUCAGAAGCGCCCAAGCCCUCUGUACAGGACUCUGGCUCCUCAUCAACAGCUGCCCCGGCCACAGCCCCAGCUUCAGCCCCAGCCCCAGCCCCAGCCCAAGCAGCUGUCCCCAUUCCACCUGAAGAGGCCAAAGAAGAUCUAAGUGCUGCCCCCACAGAACCACAACAACCAGCCAGCUCCAGCAGUGGAAGCCAGGGUUUGGAUGCCUCUUCAGCACUGGUGACUGGAGCUGAGUAUGAGUCAAUGCUAACAGAGAUCAUGUCUAUGGGCUAUGAAAGAGAGAGAGUGGUGGCUGCACUACGGGCUAGUUUCAACAACCCCCACAGAGCUGUGGAAUAUCUUCUGACUGGUAUACCCAGCAGCCCAAUACAGGAGUCUAACCCCCCACCGCAGGCCCCUGCUUCUGGACCUACAGAAUCCCCGUCUCUAGCAGAGGGAGACAACCCACUUGCUUUCCUGCGGACCCAGCCCCAGUUUCUGCACAUGAGACAGGCCAUCCAGCAGAAUCCCUCUCUGCUACCAGCCCUUCUCCAGCAGCUAGGCAGGGAGAAUCCUCAACUUCUACAGCAAAUCAGUCAGCAUCAGGAGCUGUUCAUCCAGAUGUUGAACGAACCUGUGGGAGAGGGGGGAGACGCACCAGAGGUUGGAGAGUUGGGGGCAGCAGGGGAAGAGGGCGCACCUGUCAACUACAUCCAAGUUACACCUCAGGAGAAGGAAGCCAUCGAAAGGCUAAAAGCAUUGGGUUUCCCUGAGGCCCUAGUGAUCCAGGCCUACUUUGCAUGUGAGAAGAACGAGAACCUGGCAGCCAACUUUCUCCUCAACCAGGGACUGGAGGAUGACUGAACAGCGAUCACUGCCUUCCUGCUCCUCCCUCCUACCCUUCCCCUCUUCAGCUCGGCAUAAAGACUGCACCCCAGAUUAUACUGUACAGCUACCAACCUCAGCUCGACCCAAGACAGAGGGGGAGGAGAGCCGGGAGGCAGCUGGGGAAGGUGGGGUUGUGCAUUGGGAUGGGAAUGGGAGACAGGGUGGAUUAGGUUAAGGCAGGGGAAUGCACUCAAAGUGGAGGUUGUGUGCAGGAAGGUCAGACUUCAUUAUGGGAGGUUGGGGUGGAAGAAGUGGAGGAAUUGAACAAUCCACGUGAAUUCCAAUGGAAUGUGUGGGGUUUGUCUAGGGGAGAUCUAUAAUUUGAUUUUAGACGCGCUUUGUGAACAUUAGGGAGGGGAGCAAUGGGGGAUGAAGGGUUUUGCGAUGAGAGCGUGCUUGUGUCUGUGUGUCUGAGUACGUCUGUAUGCCUGUGCAGGUGAAUGCGAUACAGUUAAGCUGAAAAAGUAAUCAAGUCGCAUUCUCUAAGUUUGUUAAUGCUGUAGUUGUAUGGUUCAGAGCUGUGCGCCACAUGCAUGCGUAUCCAUGGAUUUGCAGAGAAGGAUUGGACAGCACGCACUUCCGUAUGUCUGACACGAUGUUGCUUGGCUCUCAUCUGUGUGUUUGUGGAGGGAAAUGGGAGCUAAUCUGACAUCUGGUAAUUGUGUGUUCAAUUUGUACCACCACUCAUCUGUGAUAGCUGCACACACUGCAGCCAAUCACAAUCCCUGCAACUGCUGUGCCUGCCUCUUUAGGUUACUCAUACAUGGAACUACUUGUCUAUGCUGAUAGGCUUUGGUGCUAACUAACACUAACCAGACAGAAAACAGAUGUUACCAAUAUUGUUAUGACAAAAAAAAACAAAGAAUAGUAGAACACAAUAAGUUAAAGUUUGCCACUAUACUAAAUUCUGGAUAAAGGUAGGUUUCUUUCAUUCAUAACAAUAGAAAACAAAUCAAUCAGUUUAUUUGAUAAACAAGCUAGUUUUAGUUUUCCUGUCUUGGGCAAGUCAGAAAUGUAAACUACUUUCUUUUUUAUCAAAUCCUAGAAUAGCAUGACGUCAAAAUUUCCCUGCGAUUCCCUAAAUCCUCAGUGUUAAAUUUGUGACGCUCUGUUUGAAUCAGCUACAAAGUAGUAGAAGGGUUAAUUUAAGUGACAGCAAUGCUACAGGACACAGCAGUGGUUACAGGUAUUCACAUUACAAACCUUAAACCUGGCCAGCCUCUGAGAGCACAUCCUUCUGAGCAUCUUUACAGCAGAUGCAGGGGAAAAUUACAUAUUGCAUUAAGGCGACAUUCUACAUAUCUAGGCCCAACUGUAUACACAGCGACUGAUUAAGUUGUCCUUUGAUGAGCAGAUCUAAGUGUGAUCAUUGACAUACGUGCAAAUAGGUUGAUUGUCUACAGCGGUGCACCGUGUUAUAAAGCCUGCUAUGGUCAUUGCUGGCCUGGCCGGGGUCAGUCGUGUGGCAGUGAUGUUUUGGAUUGCAAAGGUUGUCCUCUUAACGUGUGUCCAUAAACAGACAAAAACUAUUGAAGGAAAUAAGUGUUUCCAGUCUGAUUCUGUAUGUUGAAGGUAGUAUUCACUGACAACUGUCCUACAGCAUCAACAUGAUCUUAGACUAUGCUGUGCUACAUUAAAUAUCAGCAGUCUUUCAGG